GGAGGUGACGUGAGGCGCGCGCGCGGUUUAACUUCAGUGUUCAGAGUUCAGAGUCCAGUUUCCAGUGUCCUCCUCAUCAUCAUCUCCUCUUCAUCUUCUUCAACCCGCUCCUCUUCACUAGACACGGAUAAACUCACUAAAGUCCCUCCUGAAGACUCUCUCUGACCCGGAGGACCCCGCAGCUCCCCUCGGCUCACACCCCGCACUCAUCCCGCCUUCAGCGCACUCAGCCCGGGCACACACAUGGCGACUCCCCCGAAGAGAGCGCGGAGCUCCGGAGCCCGCAGAAAACACCUCAAAGUCUCCAUCGAGGGAAACAUCGCAGCAGGAAAGUCGACGUUUGUGCGACUCCUGGAGCAGACGAGUGACGACUGGGAGGUGAUUCCAGAGCCCAUCGCCAAGUGGUGCAACGUGCACACGGACAAAGAGGAUAUAUAUGAGGAGUUGAGCUCUUCUCAGAAAAGUGGAGGGAACCUGCUGCAGAUGCUCUACAGUAAACCCACACGCUGGUCCUACACCUUCCAGUCGUACGCGUGCCUGAGCAGAGUUCGCUCUCAGCUGCAGCCUCCGUCUCUCAAACUACAAGAAUCUGACCGACCAGUGCAGUUCUACGAGAGAUCUGUGUACUCUGACAGGUACGUGUUUGCCUCUACUCUGUUCGAGAACCAGAGCCUGACAGAGACUGAGUGGUCCGUGUAUCAGGACUGGCACCAGUGGACCCUGGACCAGUUCAGCCCAGACUUAAACCUGGACGCCAUCGUGUACCUGAGGGCAGAGCCAGAGAGGUGUAUACAGAGGCUACUGCACAGAGGCCGAGAGGAGGAGCAGGACAUUCCUCUGGAGUAUCUCCAACAGCUGCACCUUAAACACGAGGCCUGGCUCUACCACAGGACGCUCAGGCUGGACUUUGAGUAUCUGAACCACAUCCCCAUUUUAGUCCUGGACGUGAACCAGGACUUCAAGAACGACCGGAUCCUCCAGCACGGACUGAUGGACCAGGUCAAAGACUUCCUGUCCACACUUUAGGAUCUGUGCUCUGAUUGGUCGGCUCAGUCUGAUUUAGUAAACUCUCAAACCUCACCUGAAACGUCACAAACUCAGAACUUUUAUGUGUUUUUAAAGCUCCGAUAUCUGACCCCUUUAUGCAUUAAGUUGUGUUUUUAUGUUGUUUUCUCAUCACAAACAAACCAGAGGAGUUUUCCAUCAGAGGUUUAACAAAACCAGACUUAUCCUGAAAUCCUGAGCUGAAUCUAACGCCAACAUUAGUUUAAACCUCAAGUCGUUCCAUGACAGAAAUAAGCCUCAUCAUUUUAAUUAAAUAAUGACCAUGGGCUUUUAUAUGGUUUGUGCCUUUGUGAUCAGUGCAGCGUCCACACACACGUGUGUCUCGUGUGUAGGAGUUUAUAGACUGUAAAACUCUGUAAACACACAACUAUAAAAGUCACUUUUUAAACUCUAUCACACACACAUGUGUGUUUAAACUCUAUCACGCACACAGAUGUUUUUCUGACACAGGUGUGUGGUGCACGUGCUGAAACUUUUGACUCAUCUGUUUUAAAUCAGGGCUCAAAUCCAGGGCUGAAAAAAUGAUUCUAGUGAAGAUGUGUGGAGUUUAAACACAGUGGAGCACUUCCUGUAUCACCACAUGACAUCACAAGUUGGAACAGAGUGUUUUCAGUUUGAGAGAAGAACUAAAUAAACCUAAAUCUGCAGGUUUGUGUUAAACUUGUGAAUGAAACGAAGCAAAACUCCAGGUUUGUGACGAGGAAACGACAUUAAAACAUAAAUCAGACGACGGUGUCUUACGGAGCUUUUUCAUCAUUUCAUUUUUAUAAUAAUUUAUUUCAAGUUUUUAAAAUGUAAAAUUGUAAAAAUGAGUUUGGACUUAGAAUCUUAGACAGAAAUUAUUUUGUAAAGUGUGAAAUCAUGUCUUAAAUGUUCCAGUGAGAUUUUAAAGCACUUACAGUAUUUGAACAUGUGACCUGGUUUAUGGUUCAGAUCUGUGAUUCUUCCACAAAAACCGGCACAAAGUUCAGCCUCUUUGGUUAGACCUGGUUUUCUCAGCUUGUUACAUUUGCUUUGUGUCUUUAUUAGUGUUUUUUUUUUUUUUUUUUUUUUUUAAACUUGUAUGUUUUAACUUUUUUUGGUGCUGUUUUUGUCCAUUACAGUGUUGACAGUGAACGCUUCGUGUUGUGUUCAAAGACUGUGGAAAAAUACACAAUAAACAAAUGGAACUGUC